AUGUUCACCAGCGGAAAUGGAGGAUCUGCCCGUCAAACAGCCUGGGAAGCGGAGUUGGAAAUCCGCGAAGCAGUAAGGGAAGCUGUGCGAAACUCUUCCUCGCCAACCGUGGAGGAUCUUGUCCGGAGUCACCACUCCGGCAUACGCUUAAGACGUCGAGGAGCUGUUAGGGGACGUGAGUCUUCCCGGCUCCGGGCGAGCCUUCUUGACCCGGUUGCUCUCUACAACGCCACCGCAAGGGCUGAGUUGCACUUAACUCAAUCCUUAGAAAAGAUAGAGCAACUGGAGGGGGAGCUGGAGAAUCUAACCAGAAUGGUGAGAGAUCUGCGGACAGCGCACGAAGUGCUGACCAAGGCCCUCGAGGCGCACAAGGCCAAGAUCCGUGCGCUGCACACGGAGGAAGAAGAAGAACUGCUCUACCACUUCCUCCAGAAAGGAAACGCGAUGGAGACGUUCAUAGAGUUCAUCACCCACGGCGAAGGUAUGGUCCGCGUGACCACCGACCGGGACGAAUUUUUCUUCGCCCCUAUGAGGUCGGGCAAGAAGAAGAGGUUCAACAUCUUCCGCCCGGACAAACGCCCGCGGACCAUCCUUGGGUGCGGCUGCACAUGGGCACCCUGCGCUUGGUCAAGUACGGACGAGCUGCCCCACUUCCAGAAAACUUCGCCAAGUUCCUUCUGA